CUGAAGAUGCUGCGUUGGUGGCCAGAAAUCAAGAGGCCAUGGAAAUGGCUCGGAGAAAGAUGCAAGAGGAGCUCGAUGCCAAAGCAGCCGCCUUCAGAGAAAAACAGAAACAGCAAGAAGAAGAGAAGAGGAGGCAGAAGAUAGAGAUGUGGGAAUGUGUGCAACAAGGAAAGAGUUACAAAGGAACUGCAAAGCUUUCUCAAACCACUGAAGAGGCCAGCACAUCAACAACAGUGCUGAAACCAAAGACUGAGAGGAAGCCGCUGCGCAGUGCAGACUACAAUCCUCUGACUGGACAGGGAGGGGGCGGCUCUUGCGCCUGGAGACCUGGCAGGAGAGGGCCAUCAUCUGGUGGAUGAGGUUAAAGAAGGCUGGAGACAUUGGUCUGUAUGACCUUUGACCUCUGGCGUCCUGAUGUACACACUGACUGGCUGAACCAAGCUGACAAUGUCACCAAGCCCACUCUUUGUUUAGACUAUUUUCAACCUGCUCUAUACUUCUGAUGAGGGUUAAUCGCUUAGCAUCAUUCAUAGCAUUUACCUGCUGUCCUGUUUGAGUUUGCUUGAUUCAAUCUACUGUUGCUGACUCUGCGCUGCUGAGUAUCAUACUGUAAUGUAAUUAUCAGAAAUUACAAAAAGGGGUAAAUGCAUUUGGAACUGAAAGCUUGUAAUGACGCCAUUCAUUUAAAUGGUAUGAAACCAGAAUGUUUGGCUGAUGAAUUUCAGUCAGUGUGUCUUUGUUUUCUAUUUUAGUUUAGUUUAUGAAUCAAUCACCAUAGUUUUAUAGUUGAUAUUACUACAGCACCUGCUAAUUUUGUAAGGAGGGUAUAUCUGUACUGUCACAAAUUUUAUGAAAUAAAGACACGGCCUCCCGAAA